AUGUCUAAGCAGCAUUCAAGGCCCACCCAAUCGCAGAUGAAAUCUUUGGUCGAACUUAUGACCAAAGAUCCUUUAUUGUGUGCCGGUAAAUUUACCCAAACCUUCACACAAAAAUCUGGUAAACAAAAAUGGGAAGUUAUCGCAGAACAACUUAACGCGUUACCGGGAGCUGAAAAAAGCUGGGACAAAUGGAAAAAAACAUGGCAAGAUACAAGAUCCGCUACAAAAACCAAAGCUGCAGCUAUCAAGCGACAUAUCGGAGGUACUGGCGGUGGACCUACUUGUGCCAUUCAGCUGAACGAUAUUCAACAAGAUGCAUUACUUUUAAUGAGUCCGGCAUCAGUAAGUGGUCAUUCUAAGUCCAAGGAAUCAAAUGUGGAAUUUAUUUAUGAAAUUACCGAAAAUGAUGUGACGCUUGAUACUAAUGAUUAUAUCAUCGAAGAAGUAGCUGAUAUUGAAUCUGACAAUGAAAACAAAGAUUACUCAAUCGCUGCCCCUAAACCAAUAGCGGCCAAUGAUAAACAGCCAAUCAUUGCACCAUUUUCACCUAAAUCAGAUAUAAAAGGGAAAAUGUCUACUGCAGCUAGGUUAACUGCAAGUAAUAGAGCUGCAAAUAACCUAUACAGUAUUUCGGAGAAAAAAUAUGAUUUGAAAGCAGCAUAUUAUGCAAAAAAAAUAAAACUGAUGGAAGAUAAAAAUGUGAUAUUUAAGAACCUAACAAAUGUACUUACUACAUUGACUGAGCAAUUAUCAAAACCAUAA